GCCAUCAAGAUGCCUCUAUCUUCUCUUUCAUCAGCUAUUUUGUCUCAUAUGUUAAGUAUAAGCAAUGUGCCUCAUCCGCAACUUCGCAGCAUACCAAGUUUGAAAGUUUCAAAGACCAUUGAUUAUGGUCAGUUGAAUAUAUUAUGCCACAUGAGAGGACUACAAUACUAUCGUAAGUCUAGUGUUCUAUCAGUUCAUGAUGCUUUUAUGAAGCAAUAUCCUAAAGUAUUCCUGAAGAAGAAACGGGUACUACCAUCACUUUCUAAGGAAGAAGAUGAAAGACAUGCUACUACAGACAAAAAAGAAGAAAGUCAACCCAAACAACCUGGUGAUGAAUCCCACAAUAUAGCUGUCCAUAUUAAGAAAGUGCACGGUGGCUAUACCUUAUACGGACAAAAAACAAUGGAAGAGAAGAUAGUAGAAUUCCUGGCUAUCUUAAAGAAAAUGCCUGUUCACAGGACGAGACGUGAACAUGUUUUUGUUUGGAAGAUGCUGAAAACGAUUCCAGAAUUAACCUCUCAACUAAAUGAUGAAUAUCUGAAAACACUUAGUGAGAAUCUUUUUUCUGAAACUUGGAUUAAAGGCAGCACAGUGGAUGCAAAUGAUGGAUUGUAUGUGAUACUGAAAGGCCAAGCUCGACUUAAAAUUCAGAGAGGUAAAAAAGUCACUGAAGAAGGCAAAUUAACAACCUCCUCUCCCCAGCCCGAGAACGUACACAGCCAUAUUUUCAGUGAAGACUUUGAAAAUUCUACCAUUUCUGAAAGUGACCCAAUACUUAAAAUGUGGAGUACUUUUGGUGUUCUUGAAGUUACAGAUCAGGGUGAAUCAGAAACAAAGUACUCAGCGAUUACGGAAGAAGAUUGCGAAAUCAUUAAAUUCUCUUCAGCCAAUUACACAAAGAUAAAGUUGGAAAGAAGUAAUCUUGAACUCAAACAAAAAAUAAAAUUGAUUCAUAAGUGUCCAUAUUAUGAGACAUGGCCUACUUUAUCUAUAUAUGAGCUAGUCACACUUAUUAAAUGGAAAAAAUUUCCUGCAGAUCAAGUGAUAGUGGAAAGCGGAAAUAUAAUUUCUUUUGUGGCUUUUAUUAAGUCUGGAUAUUGUAAGGUUUAUAGAAAUAUCAUAGGACUUGUGAAAGCACAAUCAAAAAUAAAAAAAAUUCAAAAAUCUGUAUAUAUGGGUGACCUUAAGGAAAAUGAGUCAUUUGGUGAGAUAAGUAUUCUUCUUCAAGUUCCAUUAACAUGCACAAUCAUUGCUGGAAAUGAUGUUGAAAUGGCAAUCAUAGAAGAGAAAGACUUAAAUAAACUAGAACCAGUGACCAGGCAACUUAUGCUCCAAACAGCUAAACGUACUUAUGGUCAUCUGAAAGACGAGGAUGUCAAAAAUGAAUAUUUGCGAAAGGAGAAACAAAAAGAAUGGAAAAACUUCAAGAUAUGAACUCUCAAUCACACAUGAUUCUUGAGUUAAUAAAAUGCACCCAACUUGGAAAGGAAGAAGUAAUUCUAUCUCUAUUGCAGAUGCUGUGUUAUAUGUAGGCUUAAAACUUAUCUAUUAGAGGUAAAAAAAAGUCUGUAAAGUUGCAGGACUCAAAGUCAAUAUGCAACAUUAUGUUUUUUCUAUACUGGUAAUAUCAAGAAGAAAUAUAACUAUCCCAAUUGAAUCAAAACAUUUAAAAUAAUCAGGAGGGAAUUUAUGAAGCAUGUAAAAGAUCUGUACACAGAAACUAUAAGAUGA